CAUCCUUCGACCUGAGAAACAUCCGCAGCGUUGAAAUCUAUAAAAGCAGGGCCAUUUCUCCACUUGAAACUUCAUCAAUUCUCAAGUCUCACAAAUACCCACCACCACUCAUCUAUACACCUUUACUCGUCGAAAAGUUAUCACAUCAUGCGUUCUUCCACAUUCGCUUCUCUCAUCGUCCUCAGCGUUGGUUUGGCGACUGGCUCGCCAAUCAGCGUUGACCGUGCCCAUAACGGCAUUGCCUCCACCGAUGCCAGCGGGUCUGGCUCUGUCUAUUUCGACAUCAAUUCGAAGAGGGACCAUCUGCCAAUACCUGACUUACCCACUGCUACUCUUCCAACCGGCACCGUCCCUUCUUCUCCAAUUCCCUCGUCCGCGGUGCCGUCCACUCCUGGCUCUAACGGGACAGAUAGCACACCUGCCGAGGCUGAACCCAAGGCUUACGGUAGCUGGGCUACCGGCGGAAGCAAAAAUACUACCACGACAGCUCAACCAUUCACAGAGACCUCACCUUCAUCCGAGAAGGAGUCGACACCCGCGAAAGGUACCGAGGGUGCGAAGGGUAUUCGAACCGAAGACACUAACAGUGUCAAACCUUCGCCUACUCAUGCGGAUGAUUAUGCAAAGACGGAAGAGCUUCCGGUUCCGAGCCCUUCCAUUUCCCUCCCGACCACUGUUGAUCAGGCGAAUGAGGACCCUCAUCAUCCUACCACACCCCCUGAUCAGACCAGCCCAGACAUCCACGGCGCUGAUGGUGACGAAACCGGAGACGACGAUGACGAGGCGCAUGUUUAUCAUGGAGAGAAGGAUGAGAAAUUAGAGAUACCUACCAUCCCUAACACCCCGUCCCCUGAUAUCCCCCUUCCUUCACAAAACCCCACUUCUUCUCUGCCGAAGGUCGAGAUUCCGCAUAUUGCUACUCCCAACAAUAAGUCUUCCGAGCCCGAGAAGGGAACUUCUGAGAGCGACGACUCGAAUCAGGGGAAGGAACUUGAUGAUUCUGACCAGGAGAAGAAGGAUUAGGAUUUAUCGUCUCUUCCCAACCAGAUGUCGACACCAGUAGAUGACUAGAAAGAUGCUUUAGUCUAGAGCUUGUGCUGGUCAUGAGCAAACGUCUUCAUAGCACCAAAUAAAUAAACAGUUACUUCAUCCGUCUACA